AUGUCGACUCAAGAACAUUCAAGAGCGGCUCAUGAGGCAACCGUAUGUCUAGGUUCAAGAGCAUCUCGUGCUUGGAGAAAUUCUGGUUUCAUCUUUGAAACAGUUAACUCGAGGAUCGCAACAGUUCGCAUUGUUGGUUGGCCUAUACCUAGUACUGUUAUAAUCAUAUAUGCGCCUGUUAAUCCCCCAAACGGCUUAAAAGCUGAUAUUGACGAUUGCGACGAAUUCUAUCAAGCGCUUCAAUCCUCAAUCAAUAAAACUGAUAAAGGCGAUAUUAUUUUAAUAAUGGGAGAAUUCAACGCUCGCGUUGGACAAGAAUAG